UAUCAGUCUCCUCCGGGUCGUCGCUUGGUUCCUUGCUUCGUCUCCAAGCAAGCGCGCUUCCGCUUCCUUGCCCUCUAGUUCCACCCCUCUCUCUCUCUCUCUCUCUCUCUCUCUCUCUCUCUCUCGUCUUCCUCCUCUUCUUCUCACUGGGCGCUCUCUGUCUCUCUUCAUCUCCAUCUAAUUCGCUUGUUUCGCGUGUUGUUCUCUCACAGGGAGAUGUCGAUGCGGGGUGGAGGCCGUGGCGGUGGCGGGGGCCGUGGAGGAGGCCGUCGUGGUGGUGGGAGGGGACAAGGAAGACAAGGUUAUACUGGUUCUGAUGUUCGUCCUCAUUUUCAGCCUUCAGCUCCUGCCCCUGUUGCACCGCAGAGACCCCGGCCUCCUACUGAUCUCCCUGCUUCAUCAUCGCAAGAAGCAGGUUUGAGUGAGGAACUUGGGGGAAAGCUUGUGAUAGGGGAAACGGCUUCUGGAUCUAGGGCUCCUCCCGUGGCGCAGGAUGCGCCGCCCAGUAAGCUUGAUGUUGUACCGGUGCCAGUGUCGUCGAGGCCCAUGAAGUUCCCUGCACGGCCUGGGUUUGGGACUGCGGGGAGGAAGUGUUUGGUGCGUGCGAAUCACUUUCUUGUUGACGUUGCGGACAAGGAUCUUUAUCAUUACGAUGUUUCAAUCAAUCCAGAAAUUACAAUACGAAGUGUUAGUAGGCAGGUGAUCUCCACACUUGUUAAACUUUAUGGAGAGUCUCAUCUGGGCAGGCGCAUACCUGUCUAUGAUGGAAGGAAGAGCAUGUAUACUGCAGGUGCUUUACCAUUUACUUCAAAAGACUUCGUUGUUAAGCUCAUUGACAAUGAGAAAAAAGGCAAAACCAAGAAGGAGAGAGAAUUCAAAGUGACAAUUAAGCUUGCUUCAAGGCCUGAUUUAUAUAAUCUACGAGAGUUCUUAAGAGGGAAACAAUUAGAUAGUCCACAAGAGACGAUCCAAGUGCUGGAUGUGGUUCUUAGGGAAUCCCCUUCGCUCAAUUAUGUCACUGUGGCAAGGUCAUUCUUCUCCCCCUCGUUUGGACCACAAUUAGAAUUGGGAGGAGGAUUGGAAGCUUGGAAGGGAUAUUAUCAAAGCCUUCGGCCCACUCAAAUGGGCUUAUCUCUGAAUAUAGAUAUUUCCUCGACUUCAUUUUAUAAGGCUGUGUCUGUUGCACAAUUCGUUGCUGAGUAUCUUCAGAUUAAUGAUGUUACAAGGCCUCUGUCUGAAUCUGAUCGUGUGAAGAUGAAGCGAGUCCUUAGAGGACUUAAGGUUGAUACUUCUCAUACUCCAAGGCGUUAUAAAAUUACAGGGAUCUCACCGGCACCUAUGAAUCAGUUGAGAUUCUUGGAUGAGAAGGGAACAGAGAUCACAGUGGUUCAGUACUUCAGGGAAAAAUACAAUGUGAAUCUGAGGCAUCUUAAUUGGCCUUGCCUUCAAGCUGGCAGUGAUACCCGGCCUACAUAUCUACCUUUGGAGGUAUGUAAAAUUUCAGAAGGGCAAAGAUACUCAAGGAAGCUGAAUGAACAACAAGUAAGAUCAUUAUUGAAGUCAACUUGUCAACGCCCUGCGGACAGAGAACGGAGCAUCUUGGAUACGGUUGGUCGCAACAACUACAACCGUGACAUAUAUGCAAAAGAGUUCGGAAUCCGUGUUAUGAAUCAGCUUGCUAAUGUUGAGGCCCGUGUUUUGCCUCCACCAAGACUGAAGUAUCAUGAGUCUGGAAGGGACAAGGUGGUUGAUCCUGAGGUUGGUCAAUGGAAUAUGAUCAAUAAGAAAAUGGUAAAUGGGGGGAUAGUUGAAAACUGGACGUGUGUUAAUUUUUCACGCCUUAAAGAUGAAGUCUUUCAGUACUGCCGUGAGCAAGUUCAAAUGUGCAACACAAUUGGAAUGACAUUCAACGAGUAUCCUGUAAUUCCGAUUGGAUCAGCACGUAUGGAUCGGAUUGAUGCAGUUCUAAAGGACAUUCAUGCACAAGCAAGAGAAGCAAUUGCUCGCAAGAGAGGAAGUGUAAAGCAUCUUCAGCUGCUUAUCGUUGUACUCCCUGAUGUUAAAGGUUUCUAUGGAAGAAUCAAGACAAUAUGUGAAACUGAGCUGGGCAUUGUGUCACAAUGCUGCUUACCCAGGAAUAUUUCUAGAUGUAACAAGCAGUAUCUUGAAAACGUUGCUCAAAAAAUCAAUGUUAAGGUUGGGGGGCGGAAUAAUGUGCUGGAGGAUGCCAUCAACAAAAGAAUUCCUCUUGUAACAGAUUUCCCGACAAUUAUUUUUGGAGCCGAUGUCACUCAUCCGGCACCAGGAGAAGAGGGAUCAGCAUCAAUUGCUGCAGUUGUUGCUUCUAUGGAUUGGCCUGAGGUGACAAAGUAUAGAGCCUUGGUCUCAGCUCAGGAGCGGCGACAGGAAAUGAUAAAGGAUCUGUUUACGGUCACCCAAGAUCCCCAGAAGGGUACCUUGUUUGGGGGAAUGAUUAGAGAACAUUUGAUUGCUUUCCGUAGAGCAACAAAUCGGAAACCACAUAGGAUCAUUUUCUACAGGGAUGGUGUCAGUGAAGGCCAGUUUAGUGAUGUUCUAUUGCAUGAGAUGCAUGAUAUCCGAAGGGCUUGUGCUUCUUUGGAGGAAGGGUAUCUUCCCCCUGUUACUUUUGUUGUGGUACAGAAGAGGCAUCACACACGCCUGUUCCCUGAAUUUCAUGGGAAUAGAAACUUGACUGAUCGAAGUGGGAACAUACUUCCAGGGACUGUUGUUGAUACCAAGAUCUGUCAUCCCACUGAAUUUGACUUCUAUCUGUGCAGCCAUUCGGGAAUCCAAGGGACCAGCAGGCCUACUCACUACCAUGUUCUUUUGGAUGAGAACAAAUUUUCUGCAGAUGGAUUGCAGAAGCUGACUAACAAUCUUUGUUACACAUACGCUCGUUGCACCCGUUCGGUGUCUGUUGUUCCACCUGCAUAUUAUGCUCAUCUGGCAGCAUUCCGCGCUCGCUACUACAUUGAGGGUGAAUCCUCUGAUGGCCGAACCUCACCUGCUGCAGGGGGAGGUACUAGCAGCCGCCAAAGGAUUCCUGACGUUCGUCCUCUUCCUAAAAUCAUGGACAAUGUCAAGGAUGUCAUGUUUUAUUGCUGAUGGAAGGCUUUUUAAUGACUUGGGGUUUGUGGGGCUGAGAGUGAAGAAACUCAUUUAAAUUAUUUGCUUUUGGUUUGGAGGACCUAUUUUACUUGUGCUUAUCUAGCUUUUUUUUUUUUUUGGUUCAGUAUUUUUGUUUUGGUCUCAUGAGAGGGUCAGAUUAUCUAGUCGCGUUCAAUUUUUGGUUUGCUGAAAGUGAAACGCAUUUUUUUUUGUAUAUACAGUAAUGCAGUUCGUAUGCUGUCAUUUUAUUUUCAUCUAAAAUCUCAGGUUGUCAUGGAUAGAGUCAAAUUGAUAAUGAGCAUGGAGUAGUAUUUCAUUGA